AUGCUGUGCUACAAGUUAAGUGGCUCUCAACACAACAUGUCUCAAAACGAGUUAACCGAGGUGGAAACGGCUUUGGAGAGUGAUAGUGCCAUGGCCAUGGCUGGAAGCAUCAUGACCGAAUCAGACGGCUUUGUGGACGUCGAGGUGGACGUCGAGGUGGAUGUCGAGAUGGAUGUCGAAGAAGAGAUUGUGAUCCAGGAACCCCAUGAUGAUCAAGAACUAGAUGUUGACGAGGAGGAUGAGGAUGAAGCUGAUUCAAUUUCCUCUGAAUCCGCCAAUGUCGUCAAGCCCGUGCCCCAGAUUCGACCUCCCCCAGAUCUGCGGUUUGAAGAAUCCUAUCUUCGAGCAAUCUCUGCUGCCGAUGGAAAGUGGUGGAAGAUUGCCUACAUCACCAUCAGAGACCAGGUGUUUAUGCCGUUGAUUCAGGGUACCAUUUGGAGUUUCCUGUUGUUGUCUGCGUCGAGCUUGAGAGCAAAGUCGAGUGGCAGCGGACGGUACUAUGGAAGUUCUUUUGUGAGAUGGUGGAGAAGUAUCAAUCCUCCUAAUAGGAAGCAUUAA